AUGGCACAGGCUAGGGAAGAAGCAGGGGACAGUCGGCUGGUGUCUGGUCGGGAGCCACCAUCACGCAUCAUCAGAGUGUCUGUCAGGACCCCGCAAGACUGCCAGGAAUUUCUGCUGGCAGAAAAUAGCAGCAUCCACCACUUUAAGAAACAGAUCUCCAAACGUCUUCACUGUAACACUGACAGACUGGUGCUCAUCUUCUCUGGAAAGAUCCUUCGGGAUCAAGACAUACUGAGACAGCGCGGCAUCCUUGAUGGCACUACAGUCCACCUGGUGGUGAGGACCCAUGUGAAAGGAACUCCCCCCGGUCCCAGCACUCUGCCAGGCCCCACCAGCCACUGCGCUCAUUGUUCUGAACCAUUCAUCUCGGAGAGUGCUAGGAUGCUAGCCAGGCUGGGCCGGCUGGCCCGGAGCUUUCCUGAACUAGCUGACUUCCUUGGCCAAUUGGCUCAACUCCUGAUGGCUGUGCCGGAGUCCGUGGGGCAGCUCUUAGAAGACCCUGUGGUUCAAGGUCUGGCAAGUGAGAAACCAGCAAAUGCCAGCCAUGUUCCUGAAUCCUCAAGGCCAGUACAGAAACCCGAGCCAGCUCUUAAGGUUCUGGAAACCUUGCAGAACCCUGCCCAGCAACAGGAGCUCCUGCAGGCAGACAAGCGGGAGCUGGAGGCCUUGAAGGUAGUGCUAGGUGGUGACGAUGCUAUGCGACCGGUCUGCUCUGAUAUCCAGCACCUCAUGCUCUCCACUCUGGCCCCUUUGGUUGCCUCUAAAGGCCACAGUCCAGGUUCAGAGUCUUGCAGAGGAGUGGCUAAUCCUCACAGCAGGGCUAACACCACCACCACAGUGCCCACAACCCUCUCACCUGCCAGGCCAUUGGCACAGGAAGUCAGUGCAGGAGUAAUUGCCCAGUCCAGAGGCGUGGUUUCAAACCAGGCCAAUUCAGGGUGCAGGACUGGACUGUCAGACUUAAACGCAGGCCAGGAUCUUUCCUCCCAGGAGAGUCAGCAGCCCAUAGGCAAAGCCACUCCAGCCAGUCAGCUGAGACCGUCACCCUCUGCCUUGCGUAGAGCCUUACAUGUCCUGCAGCAGAAUCCAUCUCUGCGACACCAGCUGGCAACAGGCAGCCCCCUGCGACAUCAUAUACCACUCCUUCCCAUACUCACCAACCCACAGGCACUGCAGGCAUUGAUACAGAUAGGAAAGGGCCUGCAGAUACUGUCCAGGGAGGUGCCUGGGUUGGGACCUUGUCUUUGGGGUCCAGAUAGACCACAUGGGGCUAGAAGAGCUUCUGAAGCUAGGGGUGGAGGACAGGGUCACAGAGCAGACCCUGUGCAAACUAUCUUGGCCGUUCUUCAGCUCCUCCAUGCUCUGGCCAAUGCCUGCUCCCAGUCUACGCAGUCCUCAGUGUCCUCAUCCCUCCUCACUGAAGGCCAAUACCAGCAAGAACUGGAGCAUCUGAAGGCCAUGGGGUUUGCUAAUCACGAUGCCAAUCUUCAGGCCCUCGUGGCCACAGGUGGAGACAUCCAUGCCGCUGUUGAGAGGCUGCUGGGAAUCCCGGAGGCCUAG